AACAGCUUCAGCAGCAACAGCAACUCAAGCAACGGCAGCUCCUGCAACAGGCUCUGCAGCUGCAGCAGCAACAGCAGACCGUGGACCCCAUCAAGCAGCUGGUGGGGGGACGACUGGGCACCAGAAGCCCCCACCCCAGCAUGGGGGGCGGCCCCGCAAGCUCUGCACCGCCGCCCUCUGCUCAAGGCGUCCCUCCUGCUGGCGGGCUGCGUCCUGAAGUCCUCAGCAUCCUGCAGCGCGUGAUGAGCGGCCAGACGUCGGACGCUCAGCUCGUGUCGCAGCUGCAGAACGGAGCCUUGAACGCAGCACAGCGCGAGCACGUCUUGAUGGCCCUGCAGGUGCUGGCACAGCCCAGCGUUAUGGCCCACCGGCCCCAGCUGUCCCCUUCUCCUACUGCCAAGGGCGGACUGUGCGUGGGUAGCGGCCCCGUGUCCCCCCGCGUGCUCUCCCCCAACCCUGGGGACAACACCUUGCUCGCCCCACACCCUGCCAUGGCCCAGACACGCCUCUCUCCCCUCAUUCUCGAAGGCUCGGCUUACGUUGUUUAUUUUCCCUACGUUAAACACCGUAAGCGAGAUUCUGAACGAGGUCGCUCCCCCAACCCCUCCAUGCCGGUCACCACCACUGCACUCACCUCAGCCCCUAAGGAAAGCUCGCCCAACAAGAGCGUGACGACCAAGUCUCAGUCGCCGCUGGCGUUCACACCCACGUCCGUCAUGCGCAAGAUGACGGCCGAGAGCGCGCGUGAUAAGACCGCUGCUGAUAAAACCAACGAAGCGUCUACAACUGCGGCGCCCACGGCUCUGGGUGAACAGCAGCCAUGCAACGCUGCGUCUUCCAUCGCCACGACCUCGAGCGGCUACAUCGCAUCUCACCCUCACCCAUCCUCCAUCUCGCACCAUCCCGGGAACCAAUUACUUGGACCCAAGAGCCAGCAACUUGUGAUGAACGCUGGUGGUAACCCCAACAUGGCGGGGAUGAUGCGCAACCCUCCUCCUGGUCACCCCCACCUCAACACUGGAGGCUUCCUUCAACCCCACCAUCGACCCCCACCCAACACCAUGCCUAACCUCAACCUCCGCCACCACCAUCCUGCAAUGGGAGUGCUGUCUCACGCACCGAGCUACAACCAGCACCUGCUGAGAGGACAGCCUCAGCACGCCAUGCAUCGCUCAGCAAUGAACUCUUCCCUUCACCCGCUCUACAACAACAACAACUCUAACAACAACAAUAAUAACAACAUUCCGUGCACUACUCAACAACAAAUGAUGUUCAAAACUCCUGGCUGCCGCCAGAGCCCCGUGCCCCCCGGUGGUCUGAACCUAGCGCAGCUGUUGGGGGGCGACGUGCUGGCCCAGGCGCAGGCAGGGGCCUUGCCCCAGCUGCCUGGGGGCAAGGCACUCAGGGUCGAGGAGAUCGAGAAGCAGCAUCACCCAGCACACUAAGUUAAUGGCAUCACCAGUCACACUGAACUUAACGUGUGACAUCAACAGUCACGCUAGAAACAACGUGUGGUCUGCAACACACCGGCAUUUGAAUGUGAAGUUAAUUUCGACGUGAGGAUUUGGUCGUAUAACUACAAUUUAUGUCGUCGUGUCUGCCUCGCCAAGUCCUGCCACCUAUCAAUAUCAGGAACAACUGAUCACAGUCGCCACGUCUUUUAUACUAAAUACACGAAUCUGAAAUGAGACAAAUUUCGUUUUGCAACUCUUGGGUACUCGCGGCUCAGUACUCAGUACACUCAAUUAACUACAGUACACUCGCCUUGAACCUAUGAAAAAUAAUGACCAGUGUUUGGAGUCGUAUGAAAAUUUUUUUCCAUAUCACAGACGGCUUGUAUACUUACAAAUCUUACACAUUUUAUAUCUGAUAAGCCAAUUCUAAUGUUGAGUCAGGUUGAUAACAAAGCAGUGAGCCCCCGACGAAGUAUCUUCUGGUUUGGGUCUACAGCUUCCUCAAUCCGAGGCGCUAGGAUCUGGAACGCUUGGAAACUAAGGACGUGAUUAACACGUGUAUGGGUUGUCAUGUAGUGGGCAUCUCUAGAGGGCCCAUUUUUGUUGCAAUAGAGAACCAUGACUGUAGGCUACGAUGUGAAAAUUAAUCAGUUCGAUAGGUGCAUUGGUAGUAUGUUCGCUUAUACGUGGAUUAUGAAAACGCUUCUGCAAUGCUUAUUACUUGGAAUGAACGAACAAAACUGACAACUUGUUUGCCGUAAGUCAACGGAAGAAUAAUAAUGUAAUGUUAAGGCCGUAAUGUUUACUGCUCUACCUGCACGCUGGUGCUGGAUGAUUGCGUCUAAUGGGCAAUCACUGAGUUUCCCUCCUUGCUUGCUGUGCUCGUGUCGAUGUAUCCUAGUCCUUUCUUAUUAAUUUGUCUCGUGGCGAUGGAGGUGCGCUAGCAAAUAUAUACGUGCGUUCUAGUGAGUGCAGUUUCAUCACUCUUGCAUUCCUUAACAGAUAUUAUUUGAUUAGAAUUUGUCGGUUGAAGUUUUAAUGGCAGCUAUCCAGUUUAAGUCAUCUAUCAAUAACGAGUUUUCAGUGAUAACGAUGCACCAGCAUUGCAGCUGGUGUUAUUACUGUCCCUGUUCUUCCCUAACCGAACUAUUUCAUUGGUGUUUUUUGAUAAUGCAUUUCUUGUGUUGAGGAAGCCAUAUGAAUGAAAAGUUGUGCAAUGCGAGUCUAAUGUGUAUUUUCCUUGAUUCCAAAUCACGAGUUCCUAACCCAGCCAAGAUGCAGAAUUUCUACCCAAAACUGAAUUGAUACUCUGGCGUGCCAUGAAAUUUACGCUUUUUUCAUCUCAGUGACGCCUGAAUUCUUAAUUUGGCAUAUAAUAAACAGAAGCUAUGUUUUCAGUUCAGUGUAGUCCCGCUCUGGACGCACUCCUGAGCUUAUUUUAAUUCGUUAAUUUCUUAAAGAAAUUUGCACGCGCGUCCCGUCGCUGCUGAGCUUCUUUGUGUGUUGUUCUCUUCGUGCUACGGCUGCUGUUCUGUUCGAGUUUUUGAAUUUUUGAACUCUUGAUGUAAAUAAUUAUUAAAUAUACCUUUAUAAAUAAAUAUAUCUAUAUAUAUUUGCUUAUAUAAAUCAAGUGAUUUUGUCUCUCAUUAGUUUCUUGUUGGCAUAUUGUGUGCUGUGUAGCGCAUGUGUACAAAGUGGCCUCGGUCGUCUAUUUACUUUAAGCUUCGUCACUCAUUAAUUCUUAUGUAUUGUAUGCUUGGUUGUCGUGCGUAGUGUUCCGUAGAUUCCAGUGAUGUUAGAAAUUAAGUGAGAAGAAAAGGAACCACGGCAACCUUAAGCAUGUAGACUUUAUGGCGGGCAGUGUUCGCCUCUGUGGGCUUCCUGUCAAUGGAUGGGUUAACGAUCCUUGUUUCUUUUUUUUGUUAUAUUAGUUCUUACUCCACUAAUGUAUAGAGUGAACAUUUCUUUUUUAUAGGGUGAACAUUUCUUUUUUAUAGGGUGAACAUUUCUUUUUUAUAGGUUGAACAUUUCGUAUUUUAUAGGGUGAACAUUUCAUACUUCACUUUACGGUGUGAACAGUUCUUACUUUACUUUAUGGUGUGAAAAUUUUCAUUCAAUUUUGGGCAUCAUUCGAUCAGCCGCUUUGACAUACUAUAUAUUUUUGAAGUUUUGCUAGAUUAAAUUUACGGAUUUUUCACGGAACACAGUUCUGUUAAGAAUAAUGCCCAAGUUUAUAUUCUGCAAUUGACGUAUGCAAUUGAUGACACUAGAUCUUGGCAUGUAACAGCUACCUGAGUCUUUCCUUCGGUUGAUUGAAAAUCGUUACCACCUAUGAAGCAAAAAGGUAUUUAAUAAAAUUCGCCCUUAUUUACUUUUUCUUAUCUGAAUAACAUAUGCGAGGUUGUAAGUCAUUUACUGCUAAAGUUUUAUUCUUCUUCUUAUUUGUCUGUGAGAUUUCCCUGCCUCUGAUUGGGCAUCACUCUCCAGUCGGAGACGCAUGGAAGUAGCAGUAUAGCCUGAGUUCAUAGGCUCAAUUUCUUUCAUAAUCUUUAUGUAAUUUGAAUAACUGUAGUACGGUGUAUUAUAAGGACCAAAAUAGAGUGGAGAAAGUCUGAGAACUUUUAGUUUUAGUUAUUUGCAAACCGUACGAAUAAAUGAGCACUUUUAAUGGGAAUUAAUCUAAUUUAUUAUCUUCAUCUCAAUAUUGACUUGUAAAAAAAUUUCAUUCGAUACUUGAGUUCGUCGUUUGAAGCCCUCGCAUUAAGGUCAUGACGUUACUGAAGGAAUAAAUAUAAUAAAGAGUUAUUUCUAAGCUGUAUUUACCUCGGUAUACAUAGUGGCUGUUUUGCCGGUGUUUCUCUCUUGAUAAGCUAAUUCCUUGAUGAAUAUGUCACGUACACACUCGCUUGUGACAGAACCCUGCAAUAAGUCAGUGUAAGAUAGCCUUGUUUGCUGCUACUUCUUUGCUUUGUCAGUACCUACGGGAGUAUUGUGGCUUCCUUAUCUCCUCAUGGUGUGUAUCUCGGGGCCAUCGAUGUAUCUGAGGCAAACUUUCGCGUCCUUCUGGACAACAUCAUCGAAUGUUACUUUGAUGCACAUAUAUAUCAUCUACAUUGCAUGGAUGUUGGUUUGCUGCAUCAUCUGUAUUGCACGGAUGUUAAUUUGCAGGUAUCAUCGACAAGAAGGCUGUAUUAUAAUGAUUAUUUUAGUAAAAUAGUGUAUCUCAAAUUUGAGUAUUGAGUUGAGAUCCGGACUCUCACGUAUUGUAUGGUGCGCAACGGGCCGUGUUUUUUUCGGCUGACUAGGUUUACACUUAUUCUUAUGAGUAUGGCUGUCUAUUAAGAAAUUCUAUUUAUUAUAUAAAACCAAAUGCGUUGUGUGAUGUCACAGGAUGUCAAUAUGUACCUACCAUUACGUUUAAGCAUCUCUCACGACUUCGUUUAAGUAGUAACCGAAUGAAGACUUAUUUUUGUAAAUUCUAGAGCAUAAGGUUUACUGCGUGGGCGAAAACGUCUUCUGAACGCGCCAUUUACUGCUCUUUACUUGGAACUCUGCUGCUGCUACUGCUGCUGCUGAUAAAUGUGAUAUGCAAUUACUUUGAUUUGCUUUAUUAUACUGGGGCUCACUGUGAGUCCCCUUUUAGGCUAACUAAAGUGAGCUUUGUAGCUCACUAUCAGUUGAACCUCACUGACACUCUAAGCACUCGCUUGCGCGUGCUAAUCCUGCUCGAUUUUGUUAAAUGUAGGUAGUUUUGUUCUAAUAUAGCUCUGAUGAUAUCUAGGUAAUUGGCAAAUAUUUGCAGAGUUUUCAUUGAAAUUUGGUUGUUAUCAACAGUGGAAUAAUCUGUACCUAUGAGGACGAUGACUAUUACGCGUCUCGACGUAUGAGCGGAGAUGUAGUGAUGUUUUCUUGGUAUAUUUUAUUUUUGAACUCGACUGAAAUUUUUGAUUGGCUGCUCCUCUGUGCGUGUUUGACGUGCUAGCUUCGUAACCAUUUCCAGCAGCAGUAGCAGCAACAGGGGUAACUACUGAAUUACCGUUCCUGUUGUCGCUGUCCAAGCAGUCGACGUGUUGGAUGUUUCAGAAUAGCUCUCUCGUGUUCCUAGGUGUGCUUCAAUGAGUGAUGCUCAUUGGUCCUUUCUAAGACUUUAUACUACAGUGAGAGUCUCGCCAGUCUUCUGACCACCAUGCUGUGGUUCACUACAACCCAGGCACUCGUACAUACAAGCACUGUUGUCAUAAACCUUACACCAGACUUCACCCAUGAUCUGUUGUCAUAACCCUUACACCAGACUUCACCCAUGAUCUGUUGUCAUAACCUGUACACCAGACUUCACUCAUCCCCUGUUGUCAUAAACCUUGCACCUAACGGCAUUCAAGUUCUGUUUCUCGCCGAGAAUCAGAAACUUGAAAUUCAAAUGUUCACUCCAGAAGGAGAUGUCGCUAGAGUGAUCACAAGACGUUGUGUAGAGCAGAGCGCCUCUGGAAUGUUCUAGCUCAGACAUUUACAGUAACUCCAGAUACUCGAGUACGCACGCCAAAUCCUGAAGCCUGAAGACGAAUCAGUUACCAUGUCUGUUGCUCUCAUUGUAGUACAAAAUCUUUGCUUCAUUGACGACGUAGUUUAAUAAAGGAAGCUCAAAUAGAUAAUAUCACAAUCUUCCUCUUCUCUUAUCCCUUAGUAACAAUCUUGAUUUGUGUUAACUUUUAUUUGUGCUGCACCUGAACUAUAGGAUCUGUUGUUGGCGUUCUGGUCUGAAUUUCAUGCUGGAAAGCUUGUUGAGUUUCCUUGCUCUGAUCUGCUCAGAGCUCACUCUAUUAUUUAUUUUCUUGGCUUGGUGUGUAGUGCAGUGUUUCUUAGAACUGUGAUCUCUGUCAUCGCGGCAGACCUAUAACUUAUUUUGCUGUCUUACCAGAAAAUUACUGGUUGCUCUGCGUGGAUUGUCGUCAGAUUUAUAGUUCCGUGUUGUCUCAUUAUUUUGAAGUUCAUCUCAGUUUUGAUGUCAACAGUGUGAGCAAGUUUCGGACAUUACCACUUAUUGCUGAUAUUUAUAAGGUUCUAAUGAUUAAGAUGCUUUAGAAAUAGCGUGUCCUUUAUUGGUGUGUUGUAGCCACCGUUAUGUGCGUCAUCUAAGUUUCUAAACUCGAAGGAAGGCGUCUCGGGUGGUGGUGUGGUGUCGAUGGUUGAGGCGCAAGUGUUGUGAUUCUGCUGCGCAAUAUUAUAUUUUAAACUUGAACCUAAAAGUUUAGUAUAUGCACUGAACACUAUUGUCAGUUUCUUCAAAUCCUCGCUAAUGAUUUAGAUUCCAUAACGCUACUGAUUAACUAAAUCUUGAAUUGCUACCGAUUCCAGUUAGUGUAAUUCACACUACGCCCGUGUGUCAUCUGCUUGCAAUUUGUCGUUCGCGGGUGACCUCGUUUUGUCUUGUGCAUUACUUAGACUUGCCACGUGUCGAUAUGUAGCAGCAUUACCAACUUUGACGUGUCGAGAUUUAGCAGCAUUACCAACUUUGACGUGUCGAGAUUUAGUAGCAUUGCCAACUUUGACGUGUCGAGAUUUAGCAACACUAUCAACUUUGACUUGUCGAGAUUUAGCAACACUACCAACUUCGACGUGUCACGUGUACAAACGUAGCUGAGGAACUCUGUUCUCUGGUCGACGCGUCUUUGAAGGUUUAUUUGGUUAUGGUACUUUGUCUCGUCGUUUAAUUCGAGCUGUAGAAUUAAAUUUAUUCGCCUUCUACCAUAAUCUCGUGUCAAAGUUAAGAAAUCUUAACGAAGUCCACUAAGUGUAGUAAAGUUGUCAUUCCAUUCAUGUGCAGUUUUGGCAGUCACAUCAUCUUGUCCAGCUUGUGUGCGUGCUCGUGUCUGGUAGAAGCUUGCUUUUCUCUACUCGUUCAUAUCAAAGUAGACGACGGACAACUCGGUGUGUAUGGUUUGCUGUUUAAGAAAACAAGUAUUGUUGGACCAAGAUUUUCUUGCCGUAUGAAAAUUGUUAGCCAUUGAUAAUUUUCGUAUUUUUGGUAUUUGUCCUUUGCGAAUCAAUAUCGAAAUAUUUUGUAUACUUUUCAUUUCGAAUAUCUCGACAUCUAUUUACUUCUCUCAUUCCAAUGAACUAGAGUUAUCCACACAUCAAAUUUGGCUCGGCUGUACUUGCCAUUACUAGUGUACACAUAGUUCGCUGAUGCCAGUCUCCAUUUGCUAGCAUAAUUUUCAGAGAAUCAAUCUCUGAAAAUUAGCGCGCGGUGAUAAAUCAAUCGUCACGUACCGCGCGAUUCCUUGUCAAAUUUAAUCAUUUAAUUUCUGGCCAAGUUUAACCAUUUCUGCGAUCAUCUUCUUGGUUCUCGCAGUGCGACUCCUGACAGCCAUGAAUUUUGGACUUGAAAUGUUCUGUGCCGCGUUAAUACGUCACGCGCCGUUCAAAAGUUUCGUAAGAAUGAAUAUUGCAUGUUGGUUCAAAAGCCCUGUCGAAAAAAUAUUUCCUUUUUCAACCUAGACACUUUCAUUUGUUAAUUACCUUUGCGUUGGUAAUGAUAUAAAUAUAAGUACUAAUCUGGUGCGUAUUGGUCCAAAAAGAAAUUAUAUUCAUGGUUAUAUUAACGAGUGGAUUUGUCCUUAUCCACGUGUGUGGAUAGUGAUUCGUCUAAACGGUUUGUUGUUAUGACUGGUCGUUUUGCGGCGUGUUUGAGUUAGGCCAAUUGUACUCUGUACGGCCGUUCUCGUCUCUAUGUCUGUUAGACGUCCUGUUUGUUUUGACUUCGUUUGUAUUUCUAAGUCACCGCAUUUUUUCCAAAAUUCUUCUUUCUCUACACGCGCCUAAAAAUAAUUUUUAGAUGUUCCUGGGAAUUCAGCGCAGAUUCCCAUUUAGUGAAGUUCCAGUGUGUUCCUGUUCGGAGACUUCCGUCUCGUCGUAAUUUGGUGGCCGAAACUUGUAUUUAUUCUAGAAUGGUGUCUUGUAACUUACUUCUUAGGUGUUGCCAUGUGCAUUUUUCAUUUAUUAGGAAACGAAUAAAUUCGCUGAACUUU